CCUUGGUGUGCCUCGUGAAUCGAGGCGCUUGGCUCGCCCCUUGGAUUGCAUCACCAUGUCCGACAGAAGCCCGCUCACCGACGUCGUCCGCGAUUCGAAGCUCGAUUCGAAGCUCGAGACCGAGGUGUUUUCAUCGGCUUCAUCGGCUUUGGAGCACGUGUUCUACGACAGCAGGGAGCACAAGAACCAACAACCUGUACGCCGAGAGGAACGAUGGGUCCACAAGGCCUUGGUCGGCCGGGGCACGUACAGCAGCGUGUUUUUGGAGCAGCGCGACCACGCAGACGGAGAUAGGCAGCUGCGGGCCGUCAAGAGAAUCGACAAGUCCGUGGCGCUGGAAAAUGGAUUGGACUACACCCGGGAGCUAGAAGCAUUUGCCAAGUUUUCUCAUCAGAAAUACUGGCAUUGUUUUGUUCGCUCUUAUGGCUGGUUCGAAAAUGACGACUCUGUCUACAUUACCAUGGAGUACCUCGAGAACGGGAAUCUUGGACAACACUUGAAGAAGCCACUGCCCGAGGCCGAGGCGAGGCAGAUCACGGGGCAAGUUCUCGAGGGCCUGAUCUUCAUGCAUCAAAACGGCUUCACUCACCGAGACCUAAAGCCCGAGAAAAUCAUGGUCGUUACGACUGGGCCUGACUGGUUUGUCAAAAUCACAAACUCUGGCAGCAAGAAGAGCGACGGAGGGGUAGGUCGUAUGCCAACUGCGUGGCCAGACACACAAAAUCAUAACCCCCCAGAGGAUCUGAGCUUUCGGCCGAGCCAAGUCUUCACCUCCUCAUAUGAUAUGUGGAGUCUUGGAGUUGUCGCCUACCGGAUGUUUAUCGAUAUCAGGGAGCUUUCUGGCCUGGUCGACUUGGUCAGGGCUCGUAUCACGGGGGAUUUCCCCAUUGCCACCCUAGUGAGAAAUCGCGUCUCACAGGAGGGCCGAGAAUUUAUCCUCAAGCUCGUUAACCCCAAUCCAAACGCUCGCCUCACGGCCUCUGCGGCCAGCCAACAUCCAUGGAUGACGAUGCAACUUGCCCCCGAGACAGGGAAUCGCUCUUUAGAGUAUGUCCUUAAACUGAAUGAUGAUGUAUCCACAAAGUCUGGCGAAGUCGAGAGUGAGUCUGCGGCCCAAGGCCACAGGAGCCAUGGUUCUUUCUUCGGUUCAGGGUCCGGGCUGCCGAGCACUCAACCUACCAGUCUAUCCGAAUCGCAGCCGGGUCGGACGCAUCUUGAUGUACAGCUAGGUGUCCGCACUGCAUCGCUCAGUCGUUUGGACAUGAUAGCGGAGAGCGAGCUCGGCUGCAAUCGACACGAAGACAAUUUCGACGCGAAAUCCCAACGGUCUGUUGCCUCUUACAAUACCUCUGCAAGCUCGAGUGAGUCGUACCAGGCAAUUUUCGUCACCUGGGUUUCCGAUAUCAUCGAGAACAGACUCCAUUGGAACUCUUCAGAAGACCUGGCACUACUUUAUGAAAUACUUCCCGAGGUCCUUCGAGAGUUUUCCACUAGACUUUGCCGCAAGGGGAAGAGCGAUGCGCAUAGGAAGGUAAUGUGGUAUGUUCACAAAAUGUGCAACGGCGAUAACAGCUCUCACAGUGUUGUCACAAGCACCCUUGAAGGUUUGCAGCCCGAGCUCGGUCCUGCCGAACAAGACGACGACAUUGAGAACGUGGUGGACUCCAGGAACGAAGACGUAGACCAAGAAGCUGUCAUCCUGAGUAAUGCGGACGACGACAACCGCGAUAAGAGCAGUUCAAUGAGUCUAGAAGAAAAGAUGGCAAGACUGAUGGACAGCCAGGACAGAGACUCAGUCGCUGAUGUGCGUGAGCGGUAUCGCGACAUCCUGCAAGACCCUGAAGAGGAGAAUUGGGUUCUCUCGAGCCUGACGCGCUAUCGUGGUCUUCGAGGCAUUGAUCCCUUGGACAAGAAGGCGAUUCGCCGGUCCGUUUUUACUGCACUUCGAACAAAAGCCAAGGGGAAAAGUGUGAGGGCCAACCAGCGUUACGCUGACCCGGCACGAAUAACCCGCAAUAUGGAUGCUCCGACCUCCGAUACUCAUUUCGAGGUGCAGUGGAAUCCAGUUGCAUUUGUGAACGAGGUUCGUAUCCCCUCUAGUGAGGACGAUGUACCAUGGCCCAGAGAGCACGACGGUGCUGGCGGCAUCAAGCAGAAGUCAAACCUUCCGCUCAUCGCCCGCCUCAUAACGGUCACGGGCAAUCAACACCGCGUCCAGGCUUUACCCUGCAGAGAAUAUAUGAUUCAGACUUGGCCGCUUCCCACAUCAAACACACCCAAGGAACCAUUGCCCAUGCCCCCUUUACUGUCCCUCAUCCGUCGUCUGAUUGACGCGCCCAACGCCGAUCAUACAGAGGAAUUGCCGUGGGGUUCGUGGAUGCGGGCCAGGCUGGGUGACGGGGGAGUCUUGUGCGUUUCCGUCCAUGGCACCGAUUACGAGAUUGCAGAGGUUUCCGAGCAGCUCGGAUGGCUUGGAUCUGCACUUCGAACUCCAGCGCAGAAGGGGGGCCUUUCCAUCUGCUACUCGGAGCUGACUGCAGGACCUCCAGGAUUAAAUCAGUCAGAGAGCGGAAGCGCCUUCAGCAUGCGCUUAGAAUUCUCGGAGAAGCAGAUAGAUCUUGACACCGGCCUCAACAUGUGUUGGAAAGGUUUCUUCAGGAAUCUCACAAUCGCAAGAGGCUAUCCGAUACCGUCACGGCCCGAUAGAUUCGAUGGCCUUCAGAUCCCUCUUCAUCAUGCUGCGAAUAUCAUUCGUGCGAGACGGCUUGACCGCUUUCGUUCGCGAUACAUGGUUAAAGGCUAUUCCAGUGUGCUUUAUCCAACCCGGGUGGACCGCCUGGAUAAAUUCAUCACUUGGCACUUCAUCGGAAACAGAGGCGAUUCUCACCUCUCGUACGCAGAUUUGAGGAUCGGUCACGGCGAGGACGAAGAAAGUGUCAGAUCGCUUCAGCAAAACGAUAUAGAGAAUGCAAGCCACGUCAUUGGAUGGUGCCCGGAUGUUAAAAAGGUCGCCGGCACUCGCCAUGCAGACUAUAGCAGUAUAUACUUUUCCGGCGUCGAGCAGGUAACAGAUUAUGAAGCGACACUGGAGAAGGUGGAAAUCUCAGGGGGAACUUCCAAUUUCAAAUUGGCCGGCACACUAGCACUAUGCAAGAGGCUCAGGGGUGAGUCGCUCCAGUUCGAUCAAAGCCAAAACAACUGGGUGAAAUCGAUCGAGGCCGUCGGUAAGAGGGGGAAAUGUGUCAUACUGUACGACAAGCCAGAGCAGCGCGCCUGGCUCGUGGAUGGCUACAGCGCGCUGUUGCAUUUGUUUCGGGCAUCUUUACAGAACGACAGCGAGGGGCGCUCUCGGAACCUGUAUGUGAGUGCAAACGACAGCCGUGUAAGGCCGUCGGAUAAGCAAUUUGAGCUGGCCAAGCUGGAUCGUCUGGAACGAGAGCUUGAACAGAAGGAGGGAGGGGACGGAGGACUCGACUCCGUCCCGUUGGAAAUAUUAACAUCCCGCAAGAUCUGCUCCCUAGAGAUGCGCCACCAAAGCUACGGGCCAACUUCUCAAGGGACUGACAAAGAGACUGGCUUCUACGUCGCUGAUAGAAUUAGAGACCUGGUCGAAGGACUAGAGAAGAUGCAAGCCAUGGCCGCGGCUUCAACAAGAGGUGCACUAUCAGGCGUCACCGUUUCGACCUCGAGCGAGACAGUGCUCGAAGGGUACGACUUCUGGGACGUGGCAAGCCUCGAGGGGGCUGGAACGCUACCGGCGAGGUCGGUGAGACUGCACAAAGUGGCCAAGGGAUGGAUCAAGUUUGCUCGCAGCAUCGGAGCCGUUGCGCUCUUCGGCAAGGGCUUCGGCAACAUACUGCGUCCCGUCGAGAUGAGCAAUGAAGCAGCCUGCUGCAGGCGUUGCCUCUGGAACAUGCCGAUGCCCUGCGGCAAGGACAUGUUGGCAUUGGCCGUGGUCGACCUCGAAUACCUCCACCGAGAGGAAUGGCGGACAGCAGAUACGAGCGAUCGAAUGGUUCGCAUGUUAUUUCCGUGGAAGAAUCCAGCUGGGUGUUUCAACCCCUGCCUCGGUAGUAGUCGAAACAGUCAUCGUAGCAUGGCAUGCCCGGGCCCGCUUCGCAUGCAGGCAUUUCUGCCUGCCACAGACGUCGGUAAGGAGAAGAUGUUGUCGUUAUCCAAGGCAAGAAGCUGGACGAGGGAGCUUCUUCUCCGUCCAAGUGCUGCUCAAUCUCCAACUCGGCCGGGUGUGACGACCAAGACGUUCUACAGAAACGGGGCGAUAGUCCUCGGAGUCCCGGAUCGCGACUUGCGCAGGGGCAGGAUCGCAUUCACUGCUUCGGCUGCUACUGCUGCUGCUGCCUCGGAAGCCGACGAAGGCCAAGGAGCAUCGAGUGUUGUUGCGGUCUCGCGAAGCGGCGACAGCAGAAACACAGCGGCCAGCGUGACAUCGGCCCCCUCGGACUACCAAGACUCCUCUAUGGUGGUGGGUACGUUGACAACGGACAGCAGCUAGAGAGAGAGAGAGAGAGAGAGAGAGAGAGAGAGAGAGAGAGAGAGAGAGAGAGAGAGAGAGAGAGAGAGAGAGAGAGAGAGAGAGAGAGAGAGAGAGAUUGUGUUGUGACGGCCCCUGGGGGGUGGGGGGAGAUGCAUUUGGAGGAAAAGAGAUAGGAAGAGGAGGAGGAACAGCAGCUGGUCCGGCUUGUGGUAUCAAAACAAGCCAUCGCAAAGGCAAUUUGAGCAGCCAAUGCCCCGAUUGUCUUUGGCCUUGCCGGACAGAGCUCCGAGGCGGAGGAAGGUGGGGCCGAGACACGGGGCACCAUGCGGGCGGCGGCGG